AGUUCCCAUUUUGAGUCCAAAAUUAUUUUCUUUUCUCCAACAUUUUUCGUUUUUAAUUUAUUUCAUCGAUAGAAUAAGUGUCUGAUAUGUUGGAAACGCAAAUGUGUGUGUAAUAUAUUUAUGGAAUCUUUGGAGAAGUUUUAAUCUGACAACUGAAGGUUUGUUUUGAUUUUUGCAUUUUCUUACACUUUGAAUAUGCAACAGUCAAACCGAUAUAGAGCUUAUUCCAUCCAAAUGGGAACGGGACAAGGAAAUUUUCCUCAAAGCCUAAGUGGUAGUGAAACUGAUGUGUCUACCUCAAAUGAAAAUUUGUCGAAUGAGGAGAAAUAUGUUAUUAGACAUACCCCAAGACAAGAACCACAAGGUCAAGAAAAUCUUCAGUCUAGUAAUAGAAGUUCCUUAAGGGACAGUUUGCCAUCAAAUCGUAGUUCCUUGGAUGUGUCAUCUUCGUCAUAUAAUACUUUAAUUAUCCACAGCGCAGGAGAUGAGCCAUGGACAGGAAGAAACUCUAGUCCUCGAGAAAUAACUUCUUCUUCCUCAAAUUAUAUUCCUCAGCAGUCUAGUCUCUAUAAUGAUCCAAAAUCGUCACCAAUACAAAAGAGGAGUUCUGCCACACCCUCCCCAUCAAUUACUGGUUCGGGCGUUCAAGAAAUUACAGAAAUUCCUGACGACUACCUCAGCCAAUCAAGUGUCCUUAAGCAUUUGGCAAAAGAGGUGAAGGUUCCUUCACCUAGUGGUACUUCAAAAGAUGAUACCAUAGAAUCUUUAUUAAGAAAGUUUGAUCCUACAACUUUUGAUAUUAAUAACCUACCACCGCCCCCAGAAUAUCCUCACAAGUGGUCUGAGAAAUCUCCCCUUGAAGCCUGUGUUAACAACCGCAACAAAAUUAAUAGUGAAAAAUUAGCUCUGUCAAAAUCCCAACCAGAUUUGACAUCUGUUGGAGUCGCUAAGGGCGAUUUUACAGGUUUUAGAAGGGGUGUGUCCGCCCCUCGUCCACCAACAAAAGGCAGAGAGGAAAAUGAAUCUAAUGCUGAGGAAGUUUGGCCUUCCUCAGAAAUGAUAGAAAUCUUAAUUAAAGAAAAUAGUGCAUUAAAACACGAGCUUGAGAAUUGUUAUCAAAGAGUUGAGAAAACUCAUAAACUGGAACAGGAAAUUCUUAAAGUUCACAAAGCUCACGAGGAAUUGGGGCAAUCAUGUGAUCGAAGGGAAAGGCUUGAACGGGCUGCAAGAGCAAGGCUCCAAGCAGAUUGUCGUCGUUACCAAGAUUUGAACAGAGCAUUGAGGGAACAAGUUGAUUUGCUAUCAACUCAAGUGCUGAGUAGGUCUCCCGGACCAGAUGGCAAUGGACCAGAUAGUCUCAGGAGAGAACUGAGCAAAAGAGAGGGAAUUAUCAAGCAGUUGAUUAUGCAGAAUAAAGAAUUGGCUGCUGCUAAAGAAAGGCAGGAAAUUGAGUUGGCAGCACAGAGGGCUACAUUACAAGAACAGAGAACUCAUAUAGACAUAUUAGAUACUGCAUUAACAAAUGCUCAGGGGAAUGUUGUGAGAUUAGAAGAAGAGUGCCGAAAGAAACAAGUGUAUGUAGAAAGAGUUGCUCAGUUGCAGAGAGCGUUGUAUUCAUUACAAAUGGCUAGCGAUAGGAGGGAAGAAACCGAGAGAAAGUUGCGAUUGCAACUGGAAAGAGAAUUGCAAAGGACAAAAGCAGCACAAGGAAAUGAGCGUAAAGGGGGUUGGGAUUCUCCAAAUGGCUCGGGCGAAUCUACAUCCGAGCUUAAGAGACAACUUAGGGAAAAAGAUGAAAGUAUCAUGAAACUGGAAGGUGAAUGCGCUAAAUGGGAACAAAGGUUCCUGGAAGAGAACGCAUUGAGACAAGCUGCGAUCGAAGCAGCAAGUAUACCUAAGGAUGCAAAAAUAGCAGCCUUGGAGAAAACUAGUCAAGAAACUGAAAAGAUUAUAGCCGAGGCGCGGAAUGAAAAGAUUAGACAUAUGGACGAGGUUCAUGCUGCGCAAAAGAAAGUUGCCGAUUUGGAAUCUAGAUUAAAAGAUUUAGAAUCAAAAUUGGCAGAAAAGGAUGCAAUGAUUAAGGUUCUUCAAAAACAUACCUACGACAAGGAUGUGUCCAUGUUGGGCAGGUCGCCGCAUCAUACCCCCCACCCUAGUUUGGGAGGAACUGAUCUUAACCUUGGAUUAGGCGCAACUGUAUCCAGGGAAGAACUAGUUAGUAGCGUCUUAACAAAUUCUACUGCGUAUGGAUCAAGCAAUUCAUACACAGGCAGCGAUUCAUCAUUCCACAUGCCCUCAUAUAGCAAAUACGAAAACAAAAAUUUCGACACAACAAAGCAGACUUUAGACAGUCAGUUGAAAGAAAUUGACAGCCAACUGGAUACUCAGCUGCUGAGUAAGCGUGGACUGUGCUGUUUUCCAGGACUCCCUAAUCCAAUCGCUGCGCAGAGAAAGGGAAAAGUACCCAAACCAUUACUGGCGGGAAUAAAGACUUCGAAUGACCGCCCUACAACAUUUGAGGGCAAUUCUACAUUUUUCACCUCUACUAGUCGUCAUGAAAAUGGUGACAUGCUAUUUCUUGAAAAACAAGGUCUUACUUCUCAACAACAAAGAAUGACAGAAACAAAUAUCACUAAUAAUACUAUUCAAGAGGCAACGACAAACAUAUGUCCCUCUCCAAGUUCAUUACCUAGACCUCCACGCUCCUCCCACCGCUCUGGGCUUCCAAGGCGUAUGGGUGAUUAUAAUCGAUUAGACAAUAGUGAGCCUCAAAGAAAAAAUUCAAAUGGUGGCGAUUCGCUAUCAUCUAAUACCAGUUCAAGGCGAGCGUCUCCUGCAAGGUCGUUAAUACCUCCUCCACGGAAACUUGGUGAAUAUGGACGAUUAAGUGAGAGUGGAGGUAGUUCCGCAAGUUUGAGAAAAUCAUCGGCCAGAAUUAGAAGCGGCAGUGCAGGAGAAAGAGAUUCAGCAUCGACAUUGAGUGAAAAUUCUGCUAGUUCAUUGCCAACGCCGUCAAAAUCAAAAAUAUAUGGGGGUAGUCUUAGAAGGGGAAAUUCGUUGGGAAGAGAUAGUAACGUGUCUUCCAGCUCCAGCAAGUACAGAAUUCAAUUUUAAACAGAGGGAAUGUGAUUGUAAAUAUUACAAUACUUAUGUGACAAGUAUGUACAUACUUGCCAUAAUGUGUUUUUACGAAAAUUUUAUUCUAAAAAUGCCAUUUUAUUUGAAACAUGUCUUCCUUUGUGCCUUGACUGUUUUUUGAACUGUUUAAUUACGCUGAUAAAUCAAUAAAUGCAGUUUG